CCAUAGCGUCCCGACGGGCUUCCUCGGUCCGCCGAGCCGAAGGGAGACACGUUUGACGACACUUGACGAGAACCGAUUUCGGCGACGACCCGUCGAAGCGGUCGCCGAUGACGUAAGACCGGCUGGGCAGACAUGCUGACUUUACACUGCAAAACGUGCAACGACGUGUUGGGCGACUCGUUCGGCGUCUGCGGGGAGCUCAGAUGGACGGACUCUAUCCUGUGUUCCAGACUGACCUCCCAUGUGAUCGUCAAUAAUAAGAUGGAAUUUAUACUCAAGGGUGAACUGGCCCAUUGCAUCCACAGCUCUCUGAAAUGCUCUCACUGCCAGUCUGUCGUGGGUACUCGUAUUUGGUCGGUCCCACAACCGCAUUUAGACGAACUGCGCUCCUUCUUUCUCCUCCACAAAAAAAGUGUUAACUGUUACAUUCUCAACCAGAGCUCUAUGAAGAAUGCCACUGACCUCUCAUUUAACGUACUGCCUCUGGAGGAGAGCAUGAAGAAGCUCAGAAAGCAGAUGGAAGCUCUUAACGAGAGCAUCUCGAACACGACAAUGAGGCUCCGACCAACCACGACGUGAGGCCGUUUGCUCUCCGGCCGAUUAUGCUCGUGUGUGCUGUUUUUAUUAGGUUCUUGUUUAAGUAGCUUUCUUAAACAGCUAUGUUGCCUUUUCAUUUUUUUUUUUUCUGAGAAAGAUGGGCUGCACACAAACGGCCAUUUCAGUGUAGGUAAGCGUCUCAAAAAUCCACACUUUCCUCCGUCUUUUUAAAAGCCUUUAUUUCAAUUACAGAUUUGGUGAGUUCUGGUUCGUAUGUAAAAUGUUAUCAGCUGGUGUAAGAUAACAGAAUGAUGUGGAAUUACACUGGUGCCUUCUUUUCCAAAUCAAUAAACAUUACUUAUGGUGGGCUUCUAACUCAAUGAGAUCUGUGUUCAUCGCUGCAAAUAAAGAAUAAUAAUGAAGUACUGAACGUCUGUGCACCGCAGUGUCAUCGGCAAACCUUUCAGACCUGCAGGGACAAUUUGUGCCUUUUUAUAAUUACAAACGUCACACUGACUUGAAAUAAGCUUCAACAACCAGCCAUCCAAUUGGCACCAUGCUGCUUUUUAUUGCUGAUUUUCUGGCAUAUAUAUAUAUAUAUAUAUAUAUAUAUACAUAUUAGGUUAAUACAAAACCAGACAAGAGGUUCACACAUAAUAAGCAUGCCCACUUCCUCCUCCUGGAGUGCAUAGUUUCUACAGUCCACUUCUUCAGUGGAAAGGUUGAUCCACAAUGAAAUUUUAUUAAACGUCUUAGCAAUGCUUUUGUUUUGUUGUGUUUUUCACCAUGAGAACAGAGGCGGGUGUCCGCGUUCAGCGACCCUUUCUGCUGCGUUGUAGCUCAACUGCUGCUGCUGUGUUUGACACACCAGAGAGCAAACCGCAAAGCUGGUGAAACAUCCUCAGACUGAAAAAAGGCAUAUGUAAUAUUUCCCUAAGUUUCUUUUUUUUGUGUGCCUUUAUUCCCAAUGAUCUCUGGCAUUUGGUCUGUAUAAUCACAGUAUAGAUCACAUACGACAGGCCAGCAUCAACACACUGCCCACUGUUGUGUCAAACACACAUCACACAUUACACACAAUAUACAUGUAUAUAUACACAUAUAUAUAUGUAUAUAUAUAUAUACACAUAUAUAUAUAUGUAAUGUGUAUACGUAAGAUAGCUAAUCAUCUUGUCAUGUAAUGUCUGAUAUGAUGAUUUCAAGAUCAUAGUUACACUCAUUCACAUUACAAAGUUGGAUUAUUGCAUGCAAUACAAAUCAUUAUUCUAAGUCAUGCAUAAGUGUUUUUUAAACCCACAUAUGUCGCUAGUCACCGACUUGGUUAGAAAUUGUGAAUACAAAUACCCACACAGAGCAUUACAGAGUAUUUAGAACACAAUAUUGAAGACGGGAUGGAGGAGACUAUGACAACGCAGUCAGUACAUAAAGAGAAAGUGCUUCUUUUUUUCGUUCCUUUUUUAGCGAGUGUCAAGUUCAGCCGUCCCUUUGUCUUGUGAGGCCUUGCAAUAACUGAAAAUCACCUUUGCAUUUUGUGUGGAUGGGUGUCUGUAUAUGGGAGUGGGGGGGGGGUGUCAGAUUUGACAAUGCUACUCCAACAAUAAUAUUGCUUUCAGUAAAAUAGUGUUAUCCAUUGCACGGGUUGUUUAGGAUGGUUAAGUGUUGCAGGGAGGACAUAUUAAGCCUGACAAACAGCAUCUAAAGUCUAUCUUGUGCCCAUUCUAGUUUUUCCUCAGUGCAAAACUAAGGGGAUAAAGCUGUCCUCUUACACUGUGCUCUGUCACGAGUAUCUUAAACCUUUAUAGAUGAUACUGUAUUCUAUAGCUAAGUGUAAUCUCACAAGAAGUUGACUAAAAGCUAUUAUAGGCAACAAAAAAAAAAAUGAAGGGUGUGAGGUGGGUCUUUUCAACACAUUAUAAACUCCUGCCAACACUUACACCCUGGCACUAAACCCAUGCAUCAUUGUUGGUUAUUGCUUCUAAAACUAGGCUAAUCAUAUACAAUUUCAAGGAUUAAAAUAGAAUGCUCAUACUUGCAGACCUAUGAGGUAUUAUAUACAUUACAAUGUUAUGGUGAGAAACUUACUCUAUGACCACACCACUACAUUUGACCCCUACCAAUCAGAGCCUAAUCUACAGAUAGAGUACUACUGAGAAAACUACAGAUUCCUACAGGGCCCUAUCAUAAUUUCAGGUUUUCUUUUUCCUGGAACUUUCCAGUCAUUGUACGACAACUAUACUACUUGAAUUGUGAUAAACAAAAUUUGUAACGCACCAACUUUUUGUCCUAAAAGUGACUCAAGAACUCAGAGCAGCUCAGUUAGAAUAUAACUUCAUCUUGAUUGGAUUGUGCCCUUAUUAGUUGCCAGAUAAUUACUUGUGUCCUAUGCUUUCCCAUAAAUACAACUAUUUUUCCACUCUUUCCUCAAUUCACGCCGUAGUCUUGGACACUAAAAGAGUAAAAGAUGUUGUGUUAGCCUAUGAAUCGUCUCAGCUACACUGAAUAGGGUGAUGGAGUGUAGGACAUAGCUUUACAGUUUUCCUGUGGGGUUAAAAAAAUGUUUUGUUAUCUUAACCCUGACACAUUGUACGCUUUAUUCUAUAGCUUAGCAUGCUACUGAAAAUACCUAGGACCGAUAUUCAGUCUUGAUUUUUUUUUGGGGGGGGGUUCCAUUGCAAUUUAAACUCCAUCUUUAUCUAUAAUCGGGUUUGACUAUUCUUCAUAAAGCAAGCAUCACUACUGGUCAUGCAUGGCUACUAUAAUGUUGGCACCACAGUCCCGCUAAAGAAGCUAAUUAAUGCACAUGAGUCUAUACAUAUCUUAAUGGAAGACAUUGGUGAUUUUGUUGCUUUCAAACAACUUAUCACUUGUUUAUACAAUAUACAGUUUGCUCAACAACAUGAUAGUUAUGGUAAAAUAUUGCACAAAUCCCAGUUGUGAUGAACUUGUAAACCAUCAGAAAUUUCAACUCAAAGCAAAUGACAACCAGGGUGACGUUCACAUAUGGACCAGUCCAAGGUGAACAUAUUCUGAAUCACUCAACUGGAGCUAAAGCUGAUAUCUGACAGUACGGCGCUGGUGUCUGGAGGGACCGGCGCGCCACAGACAAAGGCAUAUAGAAGCAAAAGAUGAUGCUGUUGAGUAGAAUUUGCUCUGAGGCACAGGCGGAUCUCAAAGCCGGUCCAAAAAAAAAAAGAAAAAAAAAUUGGGACUAUUCAGAGUGACGUAUUUUGCUAUGAAAGGUUCCUCUCAAGGGUCAAAGGGUGUUUUAUAAUGGGAAAACGAAGCCGGUUCUACCACUUCAAGCAGUGCGGAAAGGGAAAAUCACUGACAUGUAUUCUUUGCACUCAUUAACAUUCGGACAACUGGGAACAUGCCGAGACGAAAUAGCUUUUGUGACGUGUCAAAAAUGUAAUUAAUGAGAACAGGUACAUAGGAGACCGUCUUUAUGUUGCUUUUCACUGCUACCUUCAAAAAUGGUUUUACACCAAAUUAGAGAUAACGUGCAGAUGUUUUUUUUUUUCCACAUGCUAUGCAGAACAGCGGGUCUUCUAUGCACCUGCUAAGAAAUCCAAAGUUUGCAAAGGACCUCCCGUCUUAAGAGUCUACUUGGGAAUAUGAAGUUAUUAAAACAAAAAUUAAAAAAAAAGAUCUGGAGACUCAUACCUGCUCUGUUGAAUUGUUUGGCUACAAAUAGUGAUCACAUUCCACCUUGCUACUGUUACACUUGCGUGACAAUGAGGUAGUGCAAAAACACCCUAUGCUUUCAAUCAUGGGCCUUUAGCUUUGCUACAGUUCUACUUUCGCUCCUGGAGAGAAGAGGAUUUGUGAGCAACUUGUUCAUACCGGAAACCCAUCUGUUCUGAUUUUUAGUGAAGAACAGGAUGGUGAGUGAGCGGAGCCGUUUUCAACCCAAUUUAGUGACAGACAGUGACAUUUCACUCCAUCGAGCAAGACAAUCCCUUAAUGUUACCAGCAUCCGUCUACAUGAACCAGUCAGAUCGAAGCAUCUCAAAUGGGACUAGUAUGACCAAAUGGGGGGUGGGAGGUGGGGGGCUGCUUGUAUGCAGUCAAACUGCAGAGUACGUUCUCUUAUUUUAUCUUAUUUAUCGCUUUCUUUCUUGCUAAUUUUUUUUUUCAAAACGGUGCAACGCUUGCAAACUCUGGACAGAGCUGCAGCGCAAACGAUGACAGUGUGACGUGAGAUGUGGAGAAAUGGCACAUGUCUGGCAGACAGCCCUUACUCAGCAGGCUGAGGAUAUGACAGUGGUGGUGGUGGUGUGGAGGUUCUCCCUGAACAGGGGGCGGUCUCCAGCGGACGAGGAGGGGUGGGUGGAGGUGUGGUGGUCAGGGUGGUGGUGUGGAAGUUCUCCCUGAACAGGGGGCGGUCUCCAGCGGACGAGGAGGGGUGGGUGGAGGUGUGGUGGUCAGGGUGGUGGUGGUGGUGUGGAAGUUCUCCCUGAACAGGGGGCGGUCUCCAGCGGACGAGGAGGGGUGGGUGGAGGUGUGGUGGUCAGGGUGGUGUGGAAGUUCUCCCUGAACAGGGGGCGGUCUCCAGCGGACGAGGAGGGGUGUGUGGAGGUGUGGUGGUCAGGGUGGUGGUGGUGUAGAGGUUCUCCCUGAACAGGGGGCGGUCUCCAGCGGACGAGGAGGGGUGGGUGGAGGUGUGGUGGUCAGGGUGGUGGUGUGGAAGUUCUCCCUGAACAGGGGGCGGUCUCCAGUAGACGAGGAGGGGUGGGUGGUGGUGUGGAGGUUCUCCCUGAACAGGGGGCAGUCUCCAGCGGACGAGAAGGGGUGGGUGGAGGUGUGGUGUGGAAGUUCUCCCUGAACAGGGGGCGGUCUCCAGUAGACGAGGAGGGGUGGGUGGAGGUGUGGUGGUCAGGGUGGUGGUGUGGAAGUUCUCCCUGAACAGGGGGCGGUCUCCAGCGGACAAGGAGGGGUGGGUGGAGGUGUGGUGGUCAGGGUGGUGGUGGUGUGGAAGUUCUCCCUGAACAGGGGGCGGUCUCCAGCGGAUGAGGAGGGGUGGGUGGAGGUGUGGUGGUGGUGGCGUGGAAGUUCUCCCUGAACAGGGGGUGGUCUCCAGCGGACGAGGAGGGGUGGGUGGAGGUGUGGUGGUCAGGGUCCCUCAUCCUUGCUUUUCAUUCACGACUCCCACCGGGCUGGGUCGCCACCACCCACCCCCCCGUCGGGGUGCAACUCGAAACAGGGCGAACACGGAUGUGGCCUCGGAGGAUCGUCUCGUCGGUCGUCGGCGUCGGCGAACUUUGAAACUACCCGGGGGAAAAAAAGUGCGCCGGCAAUUAACGUUCGAGGUAAAAGACAAACGGAGCGUUUGGUGACGUGUUACCGAGGAUCACUGACCUUGGAGGGGGUCUCUGGGGGGGGGGCGAGGGGGAGGAGACGCGGUCCUUACUGUCACCGGGUCGGCUAGCUAGCUAGCUAGCUGCGACGGCGGCUCACACGGGGAGCUAAGAACCGGGGCGGGGGGGUUGGGGGUCCCGCUGUCCGCUCGCAGGCGUCGAAUCAAGUCCCCCGGUGCGUGCGGCUCCGUUCGGUCUCCGGACGCCCCGAAACGCCGGGGACGAGAAGGUCCCCUCGUCCCCUAUGUCGCUCUCACACCCUCACGUCUACGCCAUUUUCACUCCCCUACUACGACCAACCGGACGCGCACGGCGAUUGCGCGGUGGACACGUCGGUCAAACGUUAAGCCCGCCCCCAGGGCGUAGGAACGGAGCGCUG